UUCUAUUUGGAAGGCAGCGCACCGUCCCGAGGUAACCAGAAUCCAACGGCACCGAGGCGCGAUCAACCCGAGCUUGGAUGAAACGUUAAGGGGAAGAACGCAAACCGGCAGUGGCAGCUAAAGAGAAGCACUGACACUAUUCGGAAUCGGGAGAGAGCGAGGUAGCGAGAUCGCAGUCAACGGGGUCGCGUUGGAUAAGCUUAUUCUGUCAGUUGAACAGAUGUUGGGUUAUUUGAAUAGCACGCAGACUGGCCAUGUGAAUAGUAGCCUAUUGCAAAAUUAACCUGGACAGACAACAGAAAGAAGGCGUUGCAGUGGUGUUCGUGUGUUUAUACACACCGAUAAUAGAGAAGUUCUCAACGUCCGAACAUCUGGAUUUAUGAAGCGAAUACACCUGUCCUGUGUAGGAGCGUGAACGCCUUUCACAUGAAAACCGUUCAGGUGAAAUGGUGAAGGAUCUCAGGAAACAUUUGGAAACAUCUUUGGACACCCUUGUAAAGGAAACAUACGUUUUUACUCAUUUAUAUAUGCCAUUGAUUUAUAUCCAGAAUUCUGAUUCAAUUGUCUAAAACAGGACUACAUUUAACAAAUAGAAUAGGCUAUAAAUGGUAUCAUUAUUAUUAGUAGGACUGGACUUUGCAAGACACGGAAUUUACUCAAUCGGCUGUCUCGCUAGCUGACUCACUGUGAGAAAUAGACUCGCCAGCUGGAACCAAUAACCAACUCUACAAAGUGACACAUUUGGAUACGGUGCUCUACAGUAGCCUACGUGCAUGUGUGUGUCUUUUCCGAGUGGGGAUACACCGACCGGACUACGGUAACGCGAGCUGUCCACGAGCGGGCGGCCGUACCCGCGCGCCUGCAUAAUAAAUGCCCAUCAGCCGGUCGUGCGAGGCUCUCGAGGCUGGGCGGCAAGAUGAACUCGUGGGUCCUGCUGCUGGCGGCGCUCGCCGCGGGGUGUCUGCGGUUUGGAAGCGCUGAGGGAGAUCCUCUCCCACCAUCGUUAGUAGAGCUGGUGAGAACCAGUCCCAUCUCUUCUAUAGAGGACCUGCAACAGCUGCUGGAGCAAGAGACCGACUCCCAGGAGGUGGAGCCAGAUGAAUCAUCGGCCAAUGAGAUUCAUUCAAAUGACACCCGUGGAAGAUACAGGAGAAACCUAGUAGAUGCCCAGCCAGCCCAGCAGGCGGUGUGUAAGGUCAGGACAGAGGUCAUGGAGGUCACCAGAGCCAUGCUUGACCGACGCAACGCCAACUUCCUGUUGUGGCCGCCGUGUGUGGAGGUGCAGCGCUGCUCUGGCUGCUGUAACACCAGAAUGCUACAGUGCGUCCCCACGGUUACUCAGACACGAUAUCUACAGGUAACAAGGAUCCAGUACAUCGAUAAGAGACCCCACUACGACAAGGCGGUGAUCUCAGUGGAAGACCACGCCUCCUGCCGCUGCCAGACACACCCCUCGGCCACAGCUGCAGCCAGGUCCACCUCCCUCCCCCCUCCUCCCCCCCGACUCACCCCCAAACCCCCCUCCCUCUCCAAGGAAGACCUCCAUCGCCAUGACAAUAUGAAGGCCAAUCAGAGGUUCCAUGUGGAUGACAGGGGGCAGCUGGAGAGACAGUGGCAGAACAAGUACACCCUGUCACACACACAGCCACGGACACACACACAGACACACCCAAUGGCAGGGGCAGGGACGCAGGUAGGGACACACACACACACACAGCCACGGACACACACGCAGACACACCCAAUGGCAGGGUCAGGGACGCAGGUAGGAACACACACAGAUACACACACACAGAUGGGUCCCUCUCAUGAGCUCCCUAUAGGGCAUGGCAGUGGGUAUGAGGGGGGGAGAGGGGAGGAGAGAGGGUCACAAACACCCCACCGCACACACACUGACACACAGCCCAACACAGGAGAGAGGCAACACAUUGACAACACAGAGAGGACACAGGAGAUAGGAAGACAGCAACAACUACAACAGUACUACCAACAACAACAAUAUCUACAACAACAGCGACAAUAUCAACAACAACAACAACAGCAACAACAGCAACAUCAACAACAUCAACAACAACAGUACCAACCAUACAGCCAAGAGCCAGAGCUCAGGACUCAAUACAAACACAACGCUCCCCAAUCCGACAGCAGCGGACCACCUGACACAAAACAACCGGCCAAUCACAAACCAGAACUGGUCCACAGCAACACAGAACCGACCGAUGAUAAUGACUCAAGCACAGAGGUGGCCAAUAGAGACGCUCUAAAGGAUACAGAGGUCACCAGUCAGGGACAGGCAGUGACAGAAGUGACCAAUCACGGAAAGGAGGAUGAUAAAGAGCGACACAGCCAGACAGAGCUGUCCAAUCAGGAACAAAAACACUCAGAGUCGACCAAUCAGGGUGACUCUGUCACAGAGGAGGAGAGCAGGAAGAAACUUCUAGAACUCUUACAGCGAGAACUGGGCCAGAAACAACAGCAUCAUCCUCCUCAUCCUCAUCUUCCUCAUCAAGACCAUCAUCAUCCUCACCAUCGUCAGUCUCGAACACAAACCACCACCACACAAAGACCAGUGCCGCCCACGUUGUCCUCCAGCAGGGCCCCAGGGUGGUCCCCCAGCACCCCGUCCCCUCCCCCCAAGCCUCCCCAGGGCCCGUUCAGACCGGCCCUUCCCCGCGGACGCAGGAGGAGGAAACACCGGAGCCGCAUCAGCAAGGCUGCCCUCCGAACCAUGAUCAUGUAGAGAGAGAUGGCAACUGGGUCGACUGUGUUUGCUGGGCCCACCCAGGGUCGUGUUCAUUAGGCACCAAACGGAAGAAAACGUACUGAAACAGGGACACAAACAACAUGGAAUAAACCCUAAUUUCUUGUUUUAUAAAACGUUGUGUGCCCUAAUGAAUACUGAGGGAUACUGCCUGGCUAUGGAACCUCAAGAUGGACACUGGAGACUGGCCAGCACUUCUGGACUCUACUGCUGGUUAUGGAACCUCAAGAUGGACACUGGAGACUGGCCAGCACUUCUGGACUCUACUGCUGGUUAUGGAACCUCAAGAUGGACACUGGAGACUGGCCAGCACUUCUGGACUCUACUGCUGGUUAUGGAACCUCAAGAUGGACACUGGAGACUGGGCAGCACUUCUGGACUCUACUGCUGGCUAUGCUAACAGACAUUACUGCAGGCUGUGUCAAUCUUUGCACCCCAGAAUGUAGCAUGUAGCAUCUUUCUAUAAAAAAUCUGCUAGCUUUAUUUAAACCGCGAUAUCAAGACAAUGGACAAUCUCAGACAGAGACUCCUUAGAAAGGAGGUAGUUCUGGAUGUUUAACACUGGAAGUAGAGUGAUGUAACCUUUGAAAAAGGAGCUAAGCAAACUACAUCUCCCAUCAGCCAUUGGCUGGUAUAAUUCUAGCUCCGCCUACUUUGAACACUGGCUACUGAUUGGACAGUUAAGGAGGGUGUUCGGCGGAUAUUAUUAGAUUGCUUGCUGCAACAGCCAUUGAUUGGUUGAUUUAGAGGCCAUGGAACACGCCCCGCUCUGCAGCUUGACUAUGAUUGGUUGCUGAGAAUAGAACUGAAAUCUUAUAGGCCCAAAAUGGUGCUUGAGGCCAUCUAUUUCUAAGAGACAAUGCAGAGCUUGGAUGUGGAUAUUUUCACUGGAAUGUACUGGGUUGACAAUGGAAACUGUUCUCAGAUAAACUAUGUUAUCCUACUGGUGUAACUGGGAUAACUGUCCUGGGACUAUGACUGGUGUAACUGGGGAUAACUGUCCUGGGACUAUGACUGGUGUAACUGGGGAUAACUGUCCUGGGACUAUGACUGGUGUAACUGGGGAUAACUGUCCUGGGACUAUGACUGGUGUAACUGGGGAUAACUGUCCUGGGACUAUGACUGGUGUAACUGGGGAUAACUGUCCUGGGACUAUGACUGGUGUAACUGGGGAUAACUGUCCUGGGACUAUGACUGGUGUAACUGGGGAUAACUGUCCUGGGAAUAUGACUGGUGUAACUGGGGAUAACUGUCCUGGGAAUAUGACUGGUGUAACUGGGGAUAACUGUCCUGGGAAUAUGACUGGUGUAACUGGGGAUAACUGUCCUGGGAAUAUGACUGGUGUAUCUGGGAUAACUGUCCUGGGACUAUGACUGGUGUAACUGGGAUAACUGUCCUGGGAAUAUGACUGGUAUAACUGGGGAUAACUGUCCUGGGAAUAUGACUGGUGUAACUGGGGAUAACUGUCCUGGGAAUAUGACUGGUGUAACUGGGGAUAACUGUCCUGGGAAUAUGACUGGUGUAACUGGGGAUAACUGUCCUGGGAAUAUGACUGGUGUAACUGGGGAUAACUGUCCUGGGAAUAUGACUGGUGUAACUGGGAUAACUGUCCUGGGAAUAUGACUGGUGUAACUGGGAUAACUGUCCUGGGAAUAUGACUGGUGGAACUGGGAUAACUGUCCUGGGAAUAUGACUGGUGUAACUGGGAUAACUGUCCUGGGAAUAUGACUGGUAUAACUGGGAUAACUGUCCUGGGAAUAUGACUGGUGUAACUGGGGAUAACUGUCCUGGGACUAUGACUGGUGUAACUGGGGAUAACUGUCCUGGGAAUAUGACUGGUGUAACUGGGGAUAACUGUCCUGGGAAUAUGACUGGUAUAACUGGGAUAACUGUCCUGGGAAUAUGACUGGAGGAACUGGGAUAACUGUCCUGGGAAUAUGACUGGAGGAACUGGGAUAACUGUCCUGGGAAUAUGACUGGUGUAACUGGGGAUAACUGUCCUGGGAAUAUGACUGGAGGAACUGGGAUAACUGUCCUGGGAAUAUGACUGGUGGAACUGGGGAUAACUGUCCUGGGACUAUGACUGGUGUAACUGGGGAUAACUGUCCUGGGAAUAUGACUGGUGUAACUGGGAUAACUGUCCUGGGAAUAUGACUGGUAUAACUGGGGAUAACUGUCCUGGGAAUAUGACUGGUGUAACUGGGGAUAACUGUCCUGGGAAUAUGACUGGUGUAACUGGGGAUAACUGUCCUGGGAAUAUGACUGGUGGAACUGGGGAUAACAUGAGUAAAGGGGGAUAGAACAUAUGGAUAAUGAAGCACUGAAAGAAGAAGCUCGGUGUAGGGGGAAUGCGCCCUUAGACACUGAUCUUGGGUCAGUUUAGCAUUUUCCUUGCUAAUGGUUAAUGUUAGAAUUGGUGGAGGGGAAGCUGAUCUUAGAUCUGGAGCGAGAAGCUCAGGACACACACACACACACACACACAGAGACAUGUCAUUUCUACUACUACAGUAUCUUUCAAUGUUCUGUCUACAUCUGGAUCUAACCAAUCCAAACACUGGAGUAGUUACACACUGGAGCGCAGAUAGAAUUAGAAAACAUAGAGGGAGAAGUAGAGGGAGCGCAUAGAGAGCAUUUCAAUAGAACAGUUCUAGUUGUCCUAUAUCUAUUACAGAGAAAAGCAGGUAUAGAACUGGAAAACAGAGUGAAAACAUAGGAGUGUUUUGUUGAAGAGACGUUGAACAGGUCUAGCUGUUCUCUCUUUGAUAGAGUGGAGCAGAAAUAGAACUAUAAAAGGACAGCAUUUUUGCACUGGGAGAGCAGAGAAAGGAACAUAUGCCAAACGUCACCAUAGUCACCAUAGCAGGAGGCCAUAGACUACUCAGAUGACAGACACUCAACACUCAACAUCCAACACUGACUCUAUACCUUAGAUGUUUCAACUUUUUCAACAUAGCCUGGAAUGUGUGGCGGAAAUAUUUCAAGGGAAUUGUUGCUCAGUAGGUCUUCAACGUCGCCUGGGGAGUUGUGUGUUUCAGCUGUAGGGAAGUCUGUUGUCUUUGUCUUGCCAAACACGGAAGCAACAAUGUAGCGAUGUUGACUGACUCAACAGUCAAACACCCAGGUUACAAUAAGGAACUGGAGAUUUUACUGUAUAUCAGGAGAAUUGAACUCUGACCCUACGAGGUCCGGAGCCUGCUGCUUUUCUGUUCUCCCUGGUUAUGAAUAGCAGCCACCCCAGGUAUAAGUCAGUCCCUGGUUAGUGGGGAACAAAGAAAAAAAGCAGGGGAACUGGCUUUGAAGGUCCGGAUUCGAAUUUGAGAGCUGUAGGUCAUUCAUUGUGCCAUAGUGGUUAUGUCUCUCUCUUCCCCAUCCUGAGACUAGAGCAGGGCUGUCAGCAUCAGUUCCGUGGAAGGCUGUAGGUCUUCAUUGUGCCAUAGUGGUUAUGUCUCUCUCUUCCCCAUCCUGAGACUAGAGCAGGGCUGUCAGCAUCAGUUCCGUGGAAGGCUGUAGGUCUUCAUUGUGCCAUAGUGGUUAUGUCUCUCUCUUCCCCAUCCUGAGACUAGAGCAGGGCUGUCAGCAUCAGUUCCGUGGAAGGUUGUAGGUCUUCUGGUUUUUCUUAUGUUCCCUUUCAUUUGUGUCCAUUUAAGAACUAGACAACCAGCUAAAGAUAAUUUCCUUACUGCUGACCUUAAUUAAUCUUUCAAGUAGAAGGGAGAACUGAAAACCCGCAGCCACUCGGCCCUCCAGGAAUUGAGUUUGUCACCCCUGGACUACCCCAGGUAUCAGGCUAGAAAUAAGACUAGCUUAGGCAGUAUGUCUCACUCCUGGUCCUAGCACUCUAGAACCAGGAUGGAGAACCACUGAGCUAAGGGAGUGGGGACAGCCAUCACCGAGGGAGGAAUAGAAUCUGGGAUGGGAUGCUUUGAAAAACAAUGUCAAACUUUUUGGAAUGGCUCUGAGAGAUAAAUGUUAUCCAACUCUGUAUGUACUGUACAUGAUUUAAACAUGGUGUUUUUUUUAUUUCUUAACUUAUUUCAGAUGGAGGAUGUGUCAUUCUCUGGUUCCUAAGUGUAAUUAUUGUUGCUGAUGAUAAUUAUUGUUGUUGUAUAUUGUUAUUGUUAAUGAAUGCUAUUUUUAAUAUAAACAUAAAGGCCAGAAUUAUAUUAAUAUAA